CGAAUUAACCUGGUGCAAAAUAAUAUGGCGACGGAUCCGUCAGAUGUGAACGAGUGAUUCGUGUCCUUGUCUGUCCCGUCGGUCCCGUCUGUCCAGUAAAUCGCGAAUCAGCCAUCACCCUGAAACGCAAUCAGGGUAAACAAGUCGCCAACCGCCAUCAAGGCACUCACAUCGCACGCGCUGCAGGUAACGCAAUCCAAGUGUGCGCCAGCAGCACGCUCGCACUCUUACGCACCUGGCCCUGGACGGACCGACGAAUUUUGGCCCCAGCGCAAAACGUAACGUCAUGCGAACGACGUCCGUGCACCACAAUACGCGCAGUGCAAUCCGUGCGGAUCGCGGGUGAGUGAAUCGUCGGUGCUGGUUCCGUCGUCUACAGGCGUCCGACCAAAUUUCAAGUGUGACCAGCGGAAUCAGCUGCGGGCACGACACCAGACGCCAGAAUCUUAUUUUUGCUAUUUGCAUCCCAACAAGCAAACCAGCACACACACUCGAGUAACCGAUUAAAAUGUCUACGCCUGCCAGACGACGCCUUAUGAGAGAUUUUAAACGUUUACAAGAAGACCCACCGACGGGAGUCAGUGGCGCGCCAACAGACAAUAACAUUAUGAUAUGGAAUGCAGUCAUAUUUGGCCCACAUGAUACACCUUUUGAGGAUGGCACCUUUAAGCUGACCAUUGAGUUCACAGAGGAGUAUCCCAACAAACCGCCGACUGUGCGUUUUGUCAGUCACAUGUUUCAUCCCAAUGUCUAUGCCGACGGCGGCAUUUGUUUAGAUAUACUACAAAAUCGGUGGAGUCCUACAUAUGAUGUAUCUGCCAUUUUAACUUCUAUUCAAUCUCUAUUAAGUGAUCCAAAUCCAAAUUCGCCGGCGAAUUCGAUGGCAGCCCAACUAUACAAAGAGAAUCGACGAGAAUACGAAAAACGAGUGAAAGCCUGCGUCGAACAGAGUUUCAUCGAUUAGCAUCCAUGUGUGAGCACGAAAUAAGCGCGAUUGUGUAAUAUUAUCUUAAACAUAAAAUGCUGAAUGAAAAUGAAAAAAAAAAAAUUACGAAUUGCAUCCAAACAAAAUAACGAGAUCAGAGAAACACAAAUUACCUACUACUAUUACCUACGAAUAAUAUUACAUUAGUUACUGCAAACUAAACAGACAUCAUGUACCCUUUGAACGAUUCUUCUUCUGCUCGUGCAUGUAAAACGCAACGAAGGCAGGGCCAAGAUGCGGACACUACCGAGAUUACACAUCAUUUUGAUUCAGUUCGGUCUUGCAUUACGUUUAUUUCCAAGACGCACACACAAAUGUACGGUUAUUGGUAGUCCAACAUGUAUGACAUUUUGCUUGAUGCGUGUUAACGUGUUAUUUUAUGUUUGGUUUAUUUUUAUUUCAACAACUUGUGAUGUGAAUCCAGAGAAACUGUGAAAAAGAAAAUGAUGCGAGAUCAAAUAUGAUGCUUUAAUCAGUUGUGAAAUGAUUACACGUCGAAUGCGCUGGAAAAUGCCAAGAUUUUUGACCAAAAUUUAACCAACUUAAAGCGUUUUACUCCCAAGCUUUAUUCGAUAUUUACAGAUUAAUGUACAUUUUUUUUAUGUUUCGGGUGGUAUUAUAAUAGGUAUUGUAAAAAAUUUGCAAAGAAAGAAAAGAGAGGCGACGUUUAUUUUGAUUUUUUCACAUUGAAUUGUGUCGAGUUGAUUUGUUUUGAAGUGAAAAGCGAGGAUGAGAAAUAAUUACAGAUCGAAUAUCUGCUUGCUGUUGAAGUAAUAUAGAUGUAAAACAUUAAUGGAUUAUCAAACACAUGGACUCUCACACACACAUGCAAACAGAAAUAUACACAUGCGACAAGCAAACAUUUAAUGAUAUCGAGCGUCGUUUGAGCGCGACUAUUAAAACAGACACCUUAAUGCUGCGUUCGCGCGGGCCAAUCUCAUCCCAUCAGUAGUAGUUGAAUGUGUUAUUUUAUUUUAAUGUAAUCUACGAUAAUACUAUACUUAAAUAAAUAAAUUAUUAUGAUUAAUUCCAACCAA